CACUUUGAUCAGUAUGAAGAAGGGCACCUGGAGAUAGAGCAGGCAUCUCUAGACAAGCCUAUAGAAUCGGAUAAUAUUGGACACCGCUUACUCCAGAAACAUGGGUGGAAGCUGGGCCAGGGAUUGGGAAAGUCUCUGCAGGGGAGGACAGAUCCCAUCCCUAUCGUCGUCAAGUACGAUGUCAUGGGCAUGGGGCGGAUGGAGAUGGAGCUCGACUACGCCGAAGAUGCCACUGAGCGGAGGCGUGUACUGGAGGUGGAGAAAGAAGACACCGAGGAGCUGAGGCAGAAAUACAAGGAUUAUGUUGAUAAAGAAAAGGCAAUUGCCAAGGCUUUGGAAGACCUCAGAGCAAACUUCUACUGUGAACUCUGUGACAAGCAGUAUCAAAAGCAUCAAGAGUUUGACAACCACAUAAACUCUUACGAUCAUGCUCACAAGCAGAGGUUGAAAGAUCUCAAGCAAAGGGAAUUUGCUCGCAAUGUCUCCUCAAGAUCACGUAAAGAUGAAAGGAAGCAGGAGAAGGCCCUCCGGCGUCUACACGAACUGGCUGAACAGAGAAGGCAGCCUGAAUGUGCUCCUGGAAGUGGACCCAUGUUCAGAACCACCACGGUGGCCGUGGAUGAGGAAGGUGGAGAUGAUGACGAUUCUGCAGCCAACAGCAGCUCUUUCAUGCAGGUGACCUCUGGCCAAGCCACAGAGAUGACUAUGGACAGAGGUUUCCUGAACACUGGGCAGGUCGGUGGCACUGUUAUGCCGAGCCAAAUGCCCAUCCAGACAGCGCAAGCCAUCAGCUUUGGCAUCAAGAGUGCUUUGGGAACUCCCCUGCAGAAGAUAGGCGUGUCGUUUUCGUUUGCCAAGAAGACUCCGGUAAAACUUGAGACCAUAGCUUCUGUUUUCAAGGACCAAGUAGAAGAAUCAGGUUCUACUGAUGGAGCAAAAGGUGAUGAGAGAGGGUCUUCAGAUGCAGGGAGCUUGCAGAAAUCUGGCGAGGGCGAAAGCACAAAUAAUUCUGAUGGCAAGGCGGAGGAAGAUGACCAACAUGACAAAGAUAGCGGGUCUCUAGCCACUACCUUAUCUAAACUAAAAAAGAUGAGACGAGAAGAAGGACCAAUGGCAGUUGAACCGGAAUACUAUCACUAUAUUCCCCCAGCCCAUUGUAAAGUAAAGCCUAAUUUUCAAUUCCUGCUUUUCAUGAAGUCUACUGAACAAAUGGAAGCUGAAAAUGUGAACAAAAAAACUACACAUGAAGUUAAAAAGGGUAGUUCUCCAAAACCCAAACCCGGCAAGCACACGGAGAAGGCUGCCGAGGGCGCGGGGCAGCAGAAGGAGCAGAGUACUACUGACACUGCAGCUCAGCAGAGCAAAACAGAACUGAAAGAAGUCCCAGAAAGUGCGAGCAUGCAGGAGAGCAAGCGUCUUGCAGGGAGCAAUCUCCCCGAGCCAGACACUACUAAAGAAGUGGCUCAGCCUGGCUCGGGCUGUAAAGAUGUCACUGAAGGACCAAAGCAUCCGACAGGACCUUUUUUUCCCGUUCUGAGUAAAGAUGAGAGCACGACUCUCCAGUGGCCUUCAGAGCUGCUCAUAUUUACCAAAGCAGAACCGUCUGUUUCAUACAGUUGUAACCCCCUGUAUUUUGAUUUCAAGCUCUCUCGCAACAAAGAUGCUAAAGGUAAAGGGGCAGAGAAAUCCAAGGAUCCGGGGGGUGUUUGCAAAGAAAACGUUCAGAGCACAGAAUCUGGGGAGAUAAGCAAACCCAGGGAGGCAGAAGGCCUAGCCAACAGCUCUGCUCUAAAAAUGGAUAACAAAUCUCUGUCCACCUGUGGCUCCCAGAACAAGCAGGAGUCCAGUUUGGCAAGUGUUAGUAAGGGAGAGGGAGAGGACAGUGGCAGAAGCAUAACCAGUAAGAAUAGAUCUGGCAGAUCCCAUAAACACAAAAAGAAAAAGAAGCACAAAAAGUCCAGCAAACACAAACGUAAACACAAGGAGGAAGCUGACGAGAAGGGCCGAAAAGCUGACCCGGGGGAAGAGAAACCCAGGAAACGGAGAAGGCGCAGGCACAAAAAAGGCAAAUCCUCUCUUUUUACUGAAUCGGAACGGGCGCUGAAAACCGAACUGCCUGAAGACUGUAGCCAUUUCCCGAAGAAGAAGCGGUGCUCUCAGGAGUCCCAGAGGAAGUCUCUGUCUGCUGAAGAGGGAAGCAGCGGUAAAAAAGAGGAUGGUGGUAACUCCUGCCAAGAGCAUGGCAGCAAAAAACACAAGGCUGAGCUGCAGCUGCUGCCUGCUCCGAGGAGGGGCGGGAGCUCUCCUCUCCCAGGUCCUACUCGACCAGCUCCGACGCCUCCUCGGACCACAGCCGGUACAGCCGUCGGAGAAGCUACUCCGACGACAGCUACAGCGAUUACAGUGACCACUCGAGGUGCCACUCGAAGCGGUCCCACGACUCGGAGGAUGACUCGGACUACAACAGCUCAAAUCACAGAUCGAAGCGGCGCAAGUACUCCUCUUCUGAGGAUGACUACAGCUCGAGCAGGAGCAGGUCUGGGAGUCGAAGCAGGAGCCGAACCCACCCUCGAGAAACGGAGCCGCAGCUAUAGCAGGGAUCGCAGCCGCAGUGCGAGGAGCCACUCGCAGAGGUCUCUCUCGCGAAAGGGCUCUCGAGGCCAUGAGAGCCCCGAGGAGAGGAGGUCCGGGAGAAGAGACUUCAUCAGGUCCAAAAUCUAUCGCUCGCAGUCUCCUCACUAUUUCCAGACAGGCCGAAGUGAAGGAUCCUCGCUGAAGAAAGAGGACGGCAAAGGAGAGGAUCUGAAAGGAUCUGGCUCGCUCUCCCAAAACAGCAGCGGCUCUGGCACGGGGAGGGCCUCGGAAGGUGACUGCAGCCCAGAGGAGAAAAACUCCGUCACUGCAAAGCUUCUCCUGGAAAAGGUUCAAUCCAGGAAGGUCGAGAAGAAGCCCUGCCUCGCUGAUGAGAUGAUGGCAGGGGCCAACAAGGUGGGCAUAAAGCUCAAAGAUCCUCCCCAGGGCUACUUUGGCCCGAAACUUCCUCCUUCCUUAGGCAACAAACCGGUUCUCCCCUUGAUUGGGAAACUGCCCACCGUUCGGAAACCAAACGCCAAAAGAUACGAAGACUCUGGUUUGGAGAGGGGCGAGGAGCAAGAGCUGUCAGAUUCCGAGGAUGUUUCCCAAGGCCUUGAGGAGGCUCAGCUGGCCGGCCAGUCUCUCCUGGAAGAAGUGGUGAUGGUAAUUCAGGACAAACCCCUGGAUGAGCAGAAACUUGCUGAACCUGCCGUGGAGAUGCCGUCCAUUCCCCUUGAAGCGCCGGCGCUCCCCGAGUGCUUUGGUUCUGGAGAUCUGGUUAUGCCGCACGACUUCCUCUCGGAUCCAAGCGAUGGUGAUGGGCUAGAACCCAUGGACAGGGGCAGCCAGCCGGUCCCGGUGGAAACCAACAUGAUGCCCUUGGUUCCAGAUGUCGAGCACUUUCCUGGCUACGUGCCUCAGAGCGGGGAGCCCAGCAUCGAAGGGGAUCGGGAAGGAGGAGAAGAUUCCUCUCUAGCGCCGCUCGAGAGCCAGCCGAUCACUUUUACACCCGAAGAAAUGGAGAAAUACAGUAAGCUGCAGCAGGCCGCUCAGCAGCACAUUCAGCAGCAGCUCCUGGCCAAGCAGGUCAAGGCCUUUCCCGCCUCAGCGGCCCUG